AGCAGUCGCGGACGCGAGCGAGGGAGGCGGACCACGCUAGAACCCUCUCUGCGGCUCUACCUACGCGCCCCCCUCCUCCGCCUCUCCGUCGGCUCGUCGCCUCCGCCCACUCGACGCCGGCCGGCCUAGGGGCUCCCGCCGCAUCGAUGGGGGCGGGCACCAAUGGCCUGGCCAACGGCGCGGCCAGGGGGGAGCGCGCGGGGGACGGGACUGCGGUGUUCCGGGGCACGGCCUACUCGCCGCUGCCGACCGCGGUGGCGCUCGCGCUCUGGCUCGGGGCCAUCCACUUCAACGCCUUCCUCGUCCUCGCCUCGCUCUUCCUCUUCCCGCGCCGCGUCGCCGCGCUGGUGCUGGCCACGCAGCUCUUCUUCAUGUUCGUGCCCGUCAGUGACAGGAGCAGAUUGGGCCGCAGGAUCGCCAGGUUCAUAAGCAGGUACGUGAUUGGGUAUUUUCCCGUCACUUUGCACGUGGAGGACUACGACGCCUUCGAUCCCAGCAGAGCUUACGUGUUCGGUUAUGAGCCUCAUUCUGUUUUGCCCAUCGCUGUCGGGAUCCUCGGGGACCUUGUUGGAUUCAUGCCGCUACCAAAGACGAAGAUUCUUGCAAGCAGUGCGGUGUUCUAUACCCCAUUCCUAAGGCAAAUAUGGACAUGGUUGGGGUUGGCUCCUGCAUCAAGGAAGAGUUUCUACUCCUACCUUGGAGCUGGUUAUAGCUGUAUUAUAGUGCCCGGAGGUGUGCAGGAAAUACUUCAUAUGGAUCACGAUUCAGAGGUUGCUUUUCUUAAAUCAAGAAAAGGUUUUGUUAAGAUAGCUAUCGAGAUGGGUAGCCCUGUAGUCCCUGUUUUUGCUUUCGGGCAGAGUUACGUAUACAAAUGGUGGAGACCAGGUGGCAAGUUAAUUGUCAAGAUUGCCAGAGCAAUCAAAUUUUCUCCAAUCAUCUUCUGGGGCAAAUUGGGAACUCCCAUCCCUUUUGCUACACCAAUGCAUGUGGUUGUUGGAAGGCCAAUUGAGGUUGUAAAGAACCCUCACCCUACCCCUGAUGAGAUAAAUGAAGUCCACAAGCAAUUUGUCGUUGCGAUGCAGGAGCUAUUUGAGAAAUACAAGACCAGAACUGGAUACCCCGAUCUCCAGUUAAGAGUUCUAUGAUGACACGAUGUUCCAACCAAAAGUUCUUACGAGCUUGGUUUAAGGCCCAUUUUUCAAUUCCUCGUAGCAUUUGAGCUAUAAUGUUUUCAACCGAAGAUCCCUCAUCAGAGUUCAGUAGCACCAAAUGUACAAGUUUGCAACAGCAGCUUAGCUAGGAUGCUGUGUGGUAUUUUGGUGCUCUCGUGGAAUGCCUCAUGAGACUUGGAUGCAAAGAUACGCAUUGGUUUGCAUCUGUUUACUAACAGAAAAACUUAGUAGCAGUAUCAGGUUCAUUAAACCUCGAAGUCUGCAUGUGAAGAGAAAAUUAUAGUUUUGGUAAUGGCAUGUUGACAAAAGACCUGAAUAACCUGUACAUAUUUCAUUUCGCACA